AUAGAGAUAUACAGACUAUUGAGAUUAAAUGAUGAAAAGGGUAUUAUACAUAAAGUCAAACAACGUAGAACCACAGGAGUUGAAGUUAGCCUGUUUUUUCUUUUCUUAGAUCUUAGAUCGCUCCACGUAAACUAGAAGGCCUUCACCAAGAAAGGACAUAUAAGUACAAGAUAAGAUGUCCUUAGACGGCAAGUACAUGAAGCAAUCCUACUCUAUAUUUCUUCAGAUAAAUUUGGUCAGACUGGGACCGUCAUUCUUUUUUAUGAUCAUGCUGUCUACCCUUAAUCACAGCAUCGAAGGCAGUGAAAAACUAGAUGAUGUAAAGCUAAAUUGUUUUGUUAACAAGAUGAAGAUCUUAACUUGUACUUGGAAUGAGCAGACUGACCAGAAUGACAACUACACAUUAUAUUACUGGUACAGUGACCAAGAAUCUUUUCACUGUCCAAAAUACCUGGUUGCCAAUCAUAAAACUACUGGCUGUCAAUUGUCAGUAAAGGACACCUUCAGAACCUUCACAGUGAAGCUAAACACAACUAGCCCAGGAUUUCCAACUAUACAUAAGUUUGACAAGUUGCAAGACUGGGUAAAGAUGGACCCUCCUUCAAAUGUUCAUGUGGAGAAUACAAGCAGUUUGGAGUUGCUUCUGACAUGGGAGCAAUCCUUUGGUUUGUUUCCACCACACUGUAUGGCUUAUCAAGUGCAGCAUCGGAAUAUGGCGGGUGAAAAGUGGAUGGUGAAGGAUGCUUCUUCCACUUCAUUCACCUUGCCAAGUUAUGACCCUAGACAGAUCUACACAUUUCGUGUAAGGAGCCAAAUAAGUAUACACUGUGGCAACUCCAAACUGUGGAGUGACUGGAGUCAAGCAGUCGUCUGGGGAAGGAACAUCACUGUUACUGAUGAGCAACCAUCAACAUAUAAAAAUGCAUUGGUUAUCCUUGCUGUUACAUUUAUGUUGCUGGUAGUUGUGGUUUUUGUGAUUAGGACAGACAGGGUUUGGAUGAUUUUCGUUCCUCAAAUUCCUAAUCCUGGGAAAAAAUUUGAAGACCUUUUCAACGUCUACAAAUACAACUUUCAGGAUUGGCUUGGUAUCUCAAAAGAAGCUGUGGAGAACUUGAAGACCAAUUAUACUGAAACAUUUUGUAUUGUUACUGAAGAUCCUGACUGCCCUGGACCAGAUGAGAAGAAUCCUACAAUCAACCUACCUACAGAGUAACUCUUCCCUAAGAAAAUAUGGCCAGGGCACAGAGCUUCCUGUCUGCCGCUUGACCUAUGCCCUAUAUUAUUUUGUUUUCCUACAUUGUAGUUUGGUAAAACAUGAGGAUUUUGGUUAUUGUUAACUUUUUUUCUUUGUAUGUCAGCUGUUACCUCUCAGUGGAGCAGUGAAAUGAUGACUAAUGACCUAAUGUAAAUGUGGCUGCUAACAAAUCAGAAAACCUUCACAUUUAAAAACCUUAACAUUUCAGUUUAUUAUUCAGUUUAUUAUUCUUUUCACACUUUUUUGUUAUGUAUAUAAUUCCACAUGAGUUAAUGCAUAGUUUUAAUGCCUGCAAUGUGAAUCUACAAUUUUCAUAGUCAUGAAAAUAAAGAAAAAGCUGAAUGAGAAGGUGCGUCCAAACUUUUGGUCUGCACUGUAUAUAGGCAGGGCACGAAUUAAAAAAAAUUAUUGAAAAUUCAGCUUUAGUAUAUCUAUGUAACCAGCAGGGCUUUUGCAGGUAAGAUGACAAACAAUAUCAAGAUAGCUGGGAAUAAUUAAAAACUACAUGUGAUAUAUUAACCAUAAAGAAAUAGAAUGAAAAUUAUUCUCGAUUAAAAAAAUAUUCAGUCCAAUUAAAAAUAAAAGGAAAAGGAAAACCACUUGUUUGUUUCUAAUGAUGCAGUCUUUAGCAAUAAAAUACUAAAGAUACGGGUAUCACAGUUC